UAAGGGGAGUUGCAGGUAUGAGAAGUGAGAAGCAGGGGCUCAAAGGAAUUAGGGAGAAAUUUGGGGCUUUUCCUCACCUAUUUUUCUUCUAUUUCGUUCCCGCUGGGCGGGUGCUUGGCCUGUCUUGUUGGGUUCUGCAACUCUCUCUCUCAUUGUCUCCUCUUCUUCCUCUUCCUGUUUCUCUUGCUUUCUCUCAUUUCUCUUACCGGAAAGCAUCACCAGGCUUUGCUUAUCGUCGAAACCGAACAAGUUUUUCUCAAGUUUCCAGACCUUGGUUGUAUCUGUCCGCGGAAUUUAGGGCUCUCUGGGACUUUAUGUGCUUCUUUGAAUUGGAGUGCCAGUUUGAAAUAGAUUUGCUGUAUAGGGUUUAUAUAUUGUUGGAGGAUCUGGGAGAGUUAUUGAAGUUGGAAAUGGGGGAUGAAGAUCCAGCCAACUGUGUUAGUUGACCAGUCCAAGUAUGGGUAGAAAGUGUAUGUGGAAAGCUUAGUUGGGAACUUUUUAUGAUUCUGGAUCAGCUAUGGAGUGCAACAAAGAAGAGGCUAUCAGAGCCAAAGAAAUUGCUGAGAAGAAGAUGCAAAACAAGGAUUUUGUGGGGGCUCGGAGGAUUGCACUCAAGGCUCAACAACUGCACCCAGAGCUAGAGAAUGUCUCUCAGAUGCUUGCUGUGUGUGAUGUACACUGUUCUGCCGAGCACAAGGUCCUUGGUUCAGAGAUGGACUGGUAUGGAAUCCUUCAAAUCACUCAAACAGCAGAUGAAGCAUCCAUAAAAAAGCAAUACCGGAAAUUUGCCCUCCUACUUCAUCCUGAUAAGAACAAAUUUGCUGGAGCAGAAGCUGCCUUUAAGUUGAUUGGGGAAGCACAGAGGGUGCUUACAGAUCAGCAAAAACGGAAUCUAUAUGACAUGAAGUGUAGACAUUCAGUGAGAAGUGUUGCACCAAAGCCGCCACGACAGCCAGUGAAUAGAAACUCUUCUACCAGGAAACCAGCUGGGGCUCGGAACAAUUCUAUGAAUACUACUUCCCAGCAGUUCACAGGCCCGAACAUUCAUCAACAACAGCAGAAGCAGAAGCCACCAGAAUUCCCUAAUGGCCUGCCAACUUUCUGGACUAUUUGCCCAUAUUGUGAUGUUAGGUACCAGUAUUACCGAAACAUUUUGAACAGAUCUCUGCGUUGUCAAAGUUGCACUAAGCCUUUCAUUGCCUAUGAUCUGGGUUCUCGGAGUCCGUCUGUGGGAGUAAACAGUAAUAAAUCUGCAUUUGCUCAACAAAAAGAGGUACCUGGUCAGGGUGCUAAAGUUGGUUCACAAAGUACUACUGGGAACCCCCCAUCUCAUGUAGGGUCUAAGGGAAAUUUUGGUGCUGGGACUGCAGAACCAAAGACUUUCCCAAAGAUGGGAAGUACUUCUGAUGUUGGCAGGCAUUCUAAAUGCGUAGGAAAGGAAGCUGGAAAUGUAGAUAUUGGAGUUGGGGCAGAAGGUGAGAGAAGGCCCAAGAACCAGGAGAAGCCUGAGGAAUCAGAGCCUUCAGGGAACUCAAGUAAGAAGAGACGAAGGAAAUUAGACAGAGAAUCCAGUGAAACCUGUGACAAUGGAAGCAGUGCUGACAUGGAAGAGGAUGCUGUUAUCAAAGAAGAUGGUGCUUAUCCGGCUGGGCAGAACCAUGGUUUUGCUGGGGCCCAUUAUCCUAGGAGAUCGAUUAGGCAAAAGAAUAAUGUUACUUAUAAAGAAGAUUUAAGUGAGGAUGAUGUCUCCGCCAGUCCUCUAAAAAGAUCAAGGGAGAGUGGAUCAUUUUGUGCCAUGGAAGAGCAGACCAAGAAUGCAGCUUCAGAAGGAGGGUUGCCUAAAACCCAUCGACCUGCCACUUCUGCAGCUGCCUUUGAUAAUGAUGUGGAAAUGGAGACCUCUUUUGAAGGAAAUUUACCAAAUGGAAAGAAUGAAACUGAGACAUGCAAAGAAAAUAGAAAAGAAGCAGAUGUGGUGAAUGACUCUAAAUCAAUCGAGAGUCCGAAGACUAUGCCAGAUCCUGAGUACUAUGAUUACCCUGAUCCAGAUUUCAGUAAUUUUGACCAGUUAAGAGAAUUGGAAAAGUUUGCUGUUGACCAGAUCUGGGCUCUUUAUGAUACUAUAGAUGCAAUGCCUAGGUUCUAUGCCCUUAUUCGGAAAGUAUAUUCUCCUGGGUUCAAAGUACGAAUUACUUGGCUGGAGCCUACUCCUGAUGACAAAGAUGAGAUUGAUUGGGUAGAGGAGGAUUUGCCUGUUGCCUGUGGUCGGUUCAAACAUGGAAAGACUGAAAAUACUCAAGAUCAGCUUAUGUUCUCUCAUGUGACUACUUGGGAGAAAGGCAGCGGUAAAAAUCCUUACAAGAUAUACCCUAGAAAGGGAGAAACUUGGGCACUCUUCAAGGACUGGAAUAUUAAAUGGAGCUCAGAUCCAGAGAAUCAUCGAAACUAUGAGUAUGAAUUUGUAGAAGUCCUUUCAGAGUAUUCAGAAGACACUGGCAUUACUGUUAUUUACUUGGGUAAGAUGAAAGGAUUUGUUAGCCUGUUUAGUCAAAUCAAGGAGGGCAUUCAUUCAUCUAAAAUACCACCCAAUGAAUUAUUGAGGUUCUCCCACAGGAUACCUUCUUUUAGAAUGACUGGUACAGAAAGAGAAGAUGUUCCAGAAGGAUCUUAUGAAUUUGAUCCUGCUUCUCUUCCUACUAAUGUUGAAGUGUUUUCUUUUACCGAAGAUGUGAAAUUGGACAAUGGAAGGAAUGGUUCAUGCCCAAAGUUUUCCAAGGAGAAUGCAAAACCCAUGGUGGAGUCCAUACUUCCUGACACAAAGCAAAAUGGUUCAGAUCAGGAUGAGGAAAAUGUGUUGGAAACAAGGAACUCAGAAAACGGAAACCAGAAAGCAAUUGAACUGAAUGGAACACAUAAUAAACCCAGUCAAGCAAAUGUAAGUCAUUGUGCAGGCGAGAAGACUCAGAUUCAUAUGAACAAUGUGAAAAGUGUCAGCUUUGAUGGGUUCAGUGAAGCAGGUGAGUCUUCAUAUCGGGGUGAUGAGAAGAGGCAUAAUAAAGUGGUUGAAGAUACCAUUUCAGACGGUAUUACUGGGGAUCCUUGUUCUGCUCCUGCUUCAUCUUCAUCUUCAGAACCCAAUGAAAUUCCAGACACAGAAUUCUAUGAAUUUGAAACUGACAAAUCCUUUGAGAAGUUUAAGAUUGGUCAGAUCUGGGCAUUAUAUAGUGACCUUGAUGGCAUGCCUAAGUUCUAUGGAAAAAUUAAGAAAAUUAAACCUGAACCAGAUUUCAAGUUGUGGGUUACGUGGCUCGAAGCCUGCCCCCUACCAAAGGCUAGUAUUGGGUGGACUCAUGAGGAUAUGCCUGUCUGCUGUGGUGCAUUUAAGCUUGGAAAUGAUACCAACGAGUACAAUAGCACUUCUUCCUUUUCCCAUCAGGUAAAAGCUGAAGCCACUGGUAAGAACAGAUAUGACAUCUACCCUAGGGAAGGUGAGGUUUGGGCAUUGUACAAGAACUGGGAUGCUGUUGGGAGCUUGAUCCUGCAUCAUUGCCUUGCCCUUAGGUUUGUUUGAAUUGAAAUAUCAGAUGGUAAGUUUAUCCCAUCCAGUAUAUUUCCUAGAUUCAGUCAGUGCCUCUUGUAGCCUGUAUCUUCCACCUAAAUGCUUAUGCCAUUUUCAGUUUGUGGGAAGAACUUUUCCAAA